AUGUCAAACACGGAAGACCCGAACCGCCCGGUUACGGGCUACCCUGCCCCGCCGAGCGCCCAAACCAGCGGCUACCCACCCCAUCCGCAGGCGCGACCCGCCGCCUACCCCUACGCCGCCGGCCCGCCGCCGUCAAACUCCUAUUACAACUACCCGAGCAACCCUUACUACCCUCAGGGCUACCAGUACGACUCGGAGUCCGCCCAACGCGCCACCUGCCUCCGCCGCAUCUUCGCCUUCGUGAUCGGCCUCGUCGUCAUCCUGGGCACCAUCACCUUCAUCGUCUGGCUCGUCCUCCGCUCCCAGCUCCCCGAGUUCCGGGUCGACUCGUUCUCGAUCUCCAAUUUCACGCUCGGCAACAACUCGCUCGUCUCUUUCACCUCCGAGAUCCGCCUAACCGCGCGGAACCCUAACAAGAAGAUGAGGCUCUCGUACGACCACAUCGUGGCCGAGAUCUUCUACAAGUCGGAGUCUCUGUCGGAGACGACGGUCCCGCCGUUCUGGCAGGACACGAGGAACGAGACCUCCUUGACAGCUAAUUUCGCUGCCGCGGGGAGCUUCGUUGACCAGCCGGUGGCGGACGAGAUCAACAGAGACAGGUCGAGGAGUGGGAACGUGAAUUUCAAUCUGAGGAUGCUUUCUAGCGUUAGGUUCGAGGCCAAGGCUUGGAGGGCCAGGAGAAGGUUUCUGAAGGUGUUCUGUGGAGAUUUGAUUGUGGGGAUUCCGAGCAAUGGGAGGCCGGGAGAGUUGAUCGGCCGCCCACAACAGUGCCAUAUAGGGAUUUGA